AUGCAGACCGAAGACGAAUAUGAAGCCAAGCACAGUCGAAAACAACAAGAUGUUCACCGAGUACUCCGCCAUUCAAAGAAAGAUCGACGUACAAGAAACCAACGUUUUUAUGAAUCCACCCAAGAUUGUCAUUUAGGUAUUGGUGUUCAUUGCCAAGAACUCUCAAUGAAUCGUCAAGAAUCGUCAGAGGAAGAGGAUUUAAAUCAGCGUACGCUACUUAACACAGCAUCCAGCAAAUAUGAUGGCAAACGUUUCACAUAUGCUACAUGCGUCAUACCAAAAACAAUGAAUGCUUACAAACAUAAUAAUCAUUUGGCUAAAUCAAUAACGCCAAGCGAACUAUUACAUGUUACACCACACAAAAUGAUUCAAUGUAAUCUUGCUCAACCUAAGGUCGAUAUGAAUAUGUAUAGUGAUCUGCUACGAGCUUUCAAUUAUCCAUCUAUGGAGAACUUCAAGAAAAUGAUGAAGAUAUUAGAGACACUUCCAUACAAUCGUCAUAGUGAAACAAAUCAACUAUUUGAUACUGCAAUGCAUCAUUUCCGAGAAUAUUCGGCAGAUUCGAAUCAAUAUCGUCGUCUGCUCGAAAUUCGACAAAAAAUUUUGGAACGUUCAUCGUAUGGAUUGCUGUUAAUCUACAAUGGUCGAUUAUUCGUCUUGCGAAGUACUAGUAAACAUCGCUGUUUACCUAUUAUCAAAAGUCAUCCAAUCAUUAAAGAUGAUGGUCAACUAGAAAGUCCACGUGAAACAGCUGUACGUGUAGCAUAUAAAGCGAUUGAAUAUUGGGAAGUGAAUACCGGUGAAUGGCGUGCGUACAAUAUUGAAGAACACUCUGAACAUAUUCGAAAAAGUGUUUACAUGGAAUGCACUGUUGAGCAUGAAAUAAAUCGUCAGAAGUGUUAUCGACUGAUCGGCCUCUUCGUCAUUCGGCUGUCAACAGAAAUUCAGUUCCGGGCUCUUCAUUUAACAAAAUUGCAAGUUAAUGGCGAAUGGAUUCCACUUGAUGCCGACAUUGAUCAAAAGGAGUAUUACCAACUGUAUCCUUUCAUUGAGUAUCUUCGUAAUCAUAUUGGUGUAUUGUUGGAUUAA